AUGAAGACCUCCGCUGCUAUUGCCACGUUCACCGCCUCUCUCGCCGCCACGCUUCCUCUCGUCGCAGGCCAUGGCUUCGUGAGCUGGGUCGAGAUCGAUGGUACGAAGUACCUCGGCAACGUCCCCAACAACUACAAGGGCCCCAGUCCCAUCCGCCUCAUCUCAGACAUCGGCCCCGUCAAGGGCGCGUCCAACCCAGACCUCUUCUGUGGUCUCAGCGCGCAGCCGGCAGAGCUUGUCGCCUCCGCGAACUCCGGGAGCACCGUCGCGUUCCAGUGGUCGGGCGGUGCGGGCCAGAAGUGGCCACACAACACGGGGCCUUUCAUGACCUACAUGGCGUCGUGCGGGGACGUCACCUGCGACAAGUUCAACUCGACGGACGCCCAGUGGUUCAAGAUUGACCAGGUCGGGAAGAAGAGCGACGGAACAACUUGGGUGCAGGCGGAUAUCAUGAACGGCGACUCCUUUACCGUCACGCUCCCCGACAACCUCACCCCCGGCGACUACCUCAUCCGCCACGAGAUCAUCGCCCUCCACCUCGCGGUGACGGAGGGCGGCGCCGAGUUCUACCCUCGUGCACUCAGCGACACGGACCCUGGCAUCUUCGACCCGAACGUCUUCAACGGCGACGACAACUACGUCUUCCCCGGCGGCGCGCUCUCGAACCUCGCCGGGACCUUCGACGGCACCGGCGACGCGAUCACUGGCGCCUCGACCUUCCCUUCCACGAGCGGCGCGACCUCCACCAAGGGCGCGGCGGGCACGAAGACCGCGUCGGGCUCCUCCGCGACCGCGACCACGACAGCAACGGCUCCGCGGCCACCUCGGGCUCGUCCAACAGCCAGUGCAAGCUCAAGAAGCGCGCCGAUAUCCUCCCCCGCCGCCUAG